AUGAGGGAAGUCAACUUCAGUAUCCCCAACGUCAAUAAGGCGUCAGUCGGCAUCACCACCGCCCUCUACGACCGACGUGCUCUAGACUGCACAUCCACCCUCCCUCUCAUCAACUCCCUCAACCAUCUCGCCUACCUUACCACGUCGUCGGCUCGCAUCCGCGAUAUUCUCACAGUCGAUGGCGGCAUCGAGCGUCUCGUCUGCAUCCUCAAGCAGGGUCGCAGCAAGGACAUGAUGGGCAUGUGGAAGUGGAAUCUCGCUUUCCAGUGCGUUGUCAAUAUUGGCGUCCGAGGCACGGAAAAUGUCCGCACCCGUGUCGUCGAGGCAGACAUGGUCCCCGUCAUCGCCACCAUCUUGGACAAUUACAUCAAGGUCAUCGACAAGUGCCGUGAAAAAGCCGAGGAGGCCAAGCAGAAGCAGAUACAUGACCAUCACCAUCGCCACCGCAGCCACGAUCAUCGAUCAGGCUCCAAGUCAUCAUCCUCCUCCUCCGCCGCCGCCCCCUUCGGCCACCGCUCCACCACCCGCGUCGAUGCCGCCGACCAGAGAUCUCUUCGCCGUCACGGCCCUCCUCCCUCCAUCGACGUCUCGGCCACCUACGCUGGUCCAUCCACCGCCGCCACUCAACAGCAGCCCCUGGAUGGCGCCCUCGCAACUCCCCAGUAUCCCUUGGCCACCCCGGACCGCCCUGGUUCCUUCACCCCGACCCGUCAUCAGAGCCUGAGGUCCGCCGAAGGCCGUCACGCCACGACCUCGACACCCCGUCAGACCAUGCAACCCCUUGCAACAGCCGUCCCAGUAACGGAGACGGUUGAGGGCUUUGUGAGACCCGUUCGUGAUAUCGACCGCCUCGCCUCCAUGGCUCCAUUCGGGCCCAGUGACUUGGCCUCGCAGCCUACAUCCCCCACGACGCCUCUCCCGCCCCCUCAGAUGCGGUCUCCCACCGUCCGCCCAGCUUCGGCCCUUGGGCCUUCAGGUCGAUCUCGCCGGCGCCCAUCAAUCCGCCAUCAAAACUCGACAGCUGACGCAGACGACAUCAACGGUGACAGCAUGCCGUCCGACGAGUCACCUGAGACAGAGAUGACUGGUACCGGCGACAUGCAAUCUGCCGUUGAUAUCCAAGACAUCACCAUGGAGGAUGGUGAAGCCAUGCUUGCUGGUGCAGCUCUUGACUUGACCACCCCGACUGUGUCGGAGACGCACCAGGAUGCCGGUACUUUCAACAUCACCCACCGUACCCCGAUUGACGGCAGCAUCGCCAACAACAACACUCCAACCCCCGUGCCUCCGAUUGGGCUAUCACCCAACCGUCCUACAAUGGUCACUCCUCCUCAACCACCCAUGCCCACCUCCACCGUCCCACGCUACCUCCUGGACCGCCACUUCGUUCCGAACCCGCAGAUGCUUGCCGCAAUGCCCCGCGAGGAGGACGUGCUCAUGUCUCUCCAGCUCCUGGCAUACGUCUCUAAGUACUGCGGCCUUCGCUCCUACUUCCAGAAGAGCCACCUCGUCCCGAGACUCAAGAUUGGCAAAGAGCUUGCCGUGCUCGACGGCGAGGAGGAUAUCCCUGAGGUCCACGACGAGGAUGCCGAUGACGAGGAGUACUUGUUGCCCAACGAGUUCAACCUCUUUCCGCUCGUUGAAAAGUUCACAGUCCGGUACCACAGCACCGACAUGCAGUAUUGGGCCGGUGUUGUGAUGCGGAACCUCUGCCGCAAGGACGACACCCGCGGAGGCAUCCGACAAUGCGCUUACUACCAGUGCGGCAAGUGGGAGGAGUACACCCGCCAGUUUGCCAAGUGCCGUCGAUGUCGACGUACCAAGUAUUGCAGCAAGGAGUGCCAGAAAAGUGCUUGGGCGUUCCACCGUCACUGGUGCGUCGCGGCGACUCAGUAG